GACGACGCAACCCCGCAGGAUGAAAAAACGUUUCUUCGGUCAGGAGACGCGCGUAUCACUCGGCGUCCCGAGCGGGACUUUCCGAUUCCGCGCCAAGUUGUCAAUCAACGGAGGUCGUCGCGAAUCGAACGUAAUCGCUGGCGCGGUUCGAAUCGCCCGCCGCGGCGCUGGCGACGCUCGGCCGCGCGGGGGCGCCCCGAUCGAUGCUGAGUUGCCGAUGAUCGCGCGCUUAUUUAUCGCACGGCAUUUCGCUACGGGCGACUUUUAACCGCGAUAAACGGCGUAUUUCGCGCCCGCGGAUCACCGGGCGCGACGGUGUGCGCGUCCGCGCGCGAUUGGCCGCGCGGGUGCACCGCGUACCGCCCCCUCAGUACGUUAUGGAAUGCGCGACGGACAGCUACCGUGUUACGCGGCUCCGCACGAUGCCCGGUCGUAGAGGCACGCCAACGGACCGGAAUACGUGCGUGCGACGCGUUCGCGGGCACGACGUCUCGCCGCCCGACACCGGACACGACGUUCCCGAUGGGGGCCCGCCUCGUCCACCAGCUACAUCGGGCUGACGCAGAAUGCGAUUGACACGUCGACACUCUCGGACGUCACGGCCGCUCUCUGUUUCACCUGCGGUGCUGCCUACAUGAAGGAGCCAACUUGAGAAUUGAUGGUGCAUCUGCCGCUGUUGUCCUCCCGUCAGCGUAAUGGAGGAGCCGGUUAAGAAGAAGCAGCGCAUCGAGAUUAGCGCGGGGCCCAAGAGCGGGCUCGCCGACACCGAGGAGCUGCAGAGGAGCCUGCUGGAGCGAUGCCUGUGCCAUAUGCCGGAGAGUAGCCUGCGCAAGCCGUUCACCAGCUUCACGGUCGAGGAGAACAACGGUAGCAUCCGCUGCGCCGUUCUGUCCGACUGGGACUCCGAUCAGAUUCUCGAGUACCUCAGCGCCCUGCAGCUGCUGUUCGACCUGGCCAUCCGGCAGAACGCCAAGAAUGUCAUGUGCAAACGCGUGGCGGACGUCUGCAACGCGGUGGCGCACAACGAGCACGGCAUCAUCGAUCAGAUCAUCGACCUGUCCUACGUCAACGACAAGUUCGUGUCGUACACGGCGAGCCGCGUGCUCGCGUCCUUCUUCAUCGUCACGCGGGACAACGUCGAGGCCGCCUGGCUGGAGAAGCUCAUGGAAUCGCUGGUUACCAGCAACUCGCCCAGCCAGAUGCUCUUCACCCUGGACGUGGUCAAGAGAGUGGUCGAGCAUAGGGACUGUAGUGUACACCCGUUGGAGGAUAGCGACUUGGUCGCGCUGCCGACCGGCUGCAACACGAUCGUCAUCGCCGACUUCGACAGCACGGCGGUAAAAGCGAUGUGCGUCAAGGCCCUCGAGUCCAAGUGGACCAUCAUUGUGUCCAAGUUCAAUGACAUUCUCGCGGAGUAUACGCCGCAGCACGCGUCCGUCGUCAUCACGUUUCUCCACCUGUGGGAGACCAUCAUCUCGGUGAAAGCCAAUCUCUCCGUCAUCGACACCAAGCCUUUCUAUUCGGAGCUCAACAAGCUCGUGCUGUUACUAAAUACCAACGUGCCGGGCGUCAUCUGGCGGCACUUGCUCGGGCUCUUCAACGAGGUGCUGUGUUACGGCAGCACGCUGGCUCUGCAGGACGUGCUACCGGACGAACCGUGCUCCCUGGCGCAUCUCAUCGUACGCGCCGUCAAGGACUGGCGUCUGCUCGACGCGAUGCCGUAUCGUCACGGCUCCGGCAGGUUCGGUGGUGGCUCCGGCUCCGGCGAUCGUCCUCUGCUGCAGAAAAUGGUGUUGCUCGUGCUCAAGAGCGUCGCCGUGACGGUGCGGGAGACGCGCAGCGACUCCAGCGACUCGUCCCUCGGCUCCGAGGCCGAGGACCUCGACGAGGACAUGGCGGUCAUCGAGAGGAGCAUCCGCGAGGUACUACGCCAGCUGGAUCAGUGCGUCAAGGCACUGAUGCCCUUCCAUCCGGAGAUGCCGCUGUCGCAGUGGGUUGUGCAAAUGUUUCACGACCAGGACGACUUCCUGAUCGAGGGUAUGGUCUGCUGUCUGGACGUCGCCGUGGGUCUCUUCUAUCGCGGCCCACCGCAGAACGAUCUCGGCCAGAUGCUCAGCCCUACGCUCACCUUUAUGCAAUUCAUCCGUGCCGUGUCGCAUGAUCAUGGUGUUCUGCUGGACCUGUUGGUCAGCAACGAGACCAGUUUCCUCUUAUAUCUCUUGCGAUUACUCAAGUACAUUAAGCGUAACUGGCUCGAGUUCAUCACAUGUUGCGGCCGCGAGUUGGACGACACUAUGACGGUACUGAUAAGACUACGGCUGGCCAUCGAUCGGUUGGUGGCCAAGAACCUGUUCCCGUACAACAUUAGCCCGGUUCAUCGUUUACUCGAGAAAUGCGAGUCCUACUACGAGGCUAACGCGGAGAACGGAUAACUGCCUCGUGUAAGAUAAAGAGGACGUUCGGAGAGAACUCAAAUCGCGCCACCAAGUCGAUCGAGCUCGCGUGUACAAAUUGUAUGAACGUAAUAUUCUCCGAGCUUAGUUAGAUUUUGCCAUGUGUAAAAUAUCAAGUGUAGUGUACAGAUCGCCGCAUGCCGUCCUGUGAACGCAAAACGGUUGGACUGACUCGCCGAUCAUCGUCUUCUUGAUAAGCUCGAAAAGACGAACGCGUUUUCUUAUUUAUUAGUCUUUAGCGAAAUUUUUCAUUAUAGCUGGAAUUGCGAGAUGGAUAGAUCUCCAUCUGUUCACGGCAUCAGUUUCACAUUUUGAGGGUUUCACGAACGGUCGGAUUACAUCGAAUCGGCGGAGUAGUACAAAAAAAGGGGGGUAAAACGGUGAAAGUCUCAAAAUAAAACUGCAUCCGUGUGGUGCUAAUGAAUUAUGUUUCUGCCAAAGCACCAGAGAGCAUACAUAUUGAUGUAUACCACUAAUGUAAUAUUUAUAUGUAUACUUCGAGAGCUACUUGUACAAUUUCCAGUCACAUCUGUAAAUGUAACUUUAUUGUAUUUUGAUAAAAUACCUGAGAAAUCUGUACAUAUUUUACAAGCACCGGAGCCGACUUUGCAAUACCGAGUUUUGCUGAAUGAGAUCACAUAUUCUUCCAAUAAUUCUAAAGAGAAAAAUUUUACGGACCAGCCUUGCACGAAUUGCAACGCAGCAAAUAGGGCAGAUGCAACACGUUGAAAAAUUAGUUUUAAAAUUGUCAGACCUACGGUAGUGAAUUCUGUAUCUUAUACUAUAGUGAAAAUGCGAAAAGUGAGUGGCUUUGUCUCUUUUUGUCUUCUUGGAAAGAGAUUGAACCGCUCAUUUCUAGCAUUUUCGCUACAUUGUAAGAUACAGAAUUGAUGCCUCGGUCUUAUCCAGUGAAAGAAGGUAUUUCGUAGCGUCAGACUUGUAAUUUAGCGAAGCCGAGAAAUAUUCAACGUAAAACAUAAUUUGCGAACGAAUUUGCUAACGGUUACAGAGAAUACUGAAGAAGCGGUUAGCACUUUGGUAUUCUUAUUACGGAAAGGCAUACAAUUUGUGACAUUAAAAUCCCAAAUACAAGAGGACGGUUAUCCGCAGUUGUCUCGAGAUUUCUGACGAAACGUAACUGUAAAUAGUGACAUUAACAACGCUAUACACGUGCGCGCUACGCAUUCAACGUAAGAUUUCUCUCUGUAAGUAAUGUAAUACACUAAAACUUUCACGUUUUUACUUUUAUAAUUGUGGUGUCGUUUUUAAUUCAAUCUCCCCCUGUGAUCGAGCGGAUCUUACGACUCUACGUUCUAGACUCCACAUUCUUGCGGGAAGAUUCGGCUGCAGCUGGAAGAUAUUUCUUCUCCUUUUGCUUUUCGUUUUCAAUCAAAUAUUUAUUAUCGUCUUUUUCCAAACGCAAGUCAAAUACAAUUGCCACUAUCGAGACUUACGAUUAUAAUGUAGCCCGGCAGAUUGUCAGUGAUGCCCCGCGAUUAAUCGCGCAAAUAGUGUCCGAUACAUUGAUUAGAGCGACGUAACGCGCUUAUCGCACCGGGACAAACCGUCCGGAUGUCUCCUUUUUUUGUUUCUCUCCUCCUUUUUACCUUAGAAAGAUUCAUAUAGAAUUAAGUUCGUAACGUUAGCCUUCCUUGGCUUCUUUUUUUUUAUAAAAUUACGCUACUCUCUAUUUAGAAUUUGCAAAUAUAGCUCUAAUUAUUUAAACGUUCGAUCGGAGCGCGAUCGAGGAAUUUUGUGUCGAGAUGGAUCAUCUUCCAGAAACACAAAAAUUUUCUUACUAAAUAUUUAUAUUUGCGUAUUAAAUCAUUAUUUAUAUACUUCUGUACUUCGUCAAUAAAUCACUAUUUCACAGCA